AGGAGUGCAUAUUGCUGAUAUUACUUAGGCGGCAACAAAGAGAGUGCAGAGAUAGGCAGUGGUAUGUUCGCCCUUUAAAUCAAAGAAGAGAUCAGGAUGGGGAGUUUAUGUCUCUGGUGCUUCCCAUGCGAAGCCUGGACGAGGAGAGACAUUUCCAGUAUUUUAGGAUGUCGGCGCCAAAAUUCGAUCAACUGCUCUCACAAGUCGUCCGCUUUCUCCCGGACACUCACCAAAAUCACCGCAACCCGAUUGGAGCUUCGCAAAGGCUUGCAGUGACUUAGCGGUACCUUACGACAGGCAUCAGCCUGCAGGCACUUUCUGCCAGCUACAAAAUGGGCACCAGCACUGUUUCGGGCAUUGUUGAUGUGUUGUGCCAUCUGGAAUGCCCUUCAGGGGGAGUUCAUGGCCUUUCCUUCGCGCAGUCAGUGGCAGGACAUAGCGGAGGACUUUUGGAGACAGUGGCAGUUUCCCCUAUGUGUCGGAGCGAUUGAUGGGAAGCAUGUUCGCAUCAGAGCACCACCACGAUCAGGCAGCGACUUCUACAAUUACAAAGGUUUUUUUUCUAUUAUCCUAAUGGCAGCUGCUGAUGCGAACUAUAGAUUUAUUUACGUCGAUGUUGGCGCAUUCGGGCGUGAGAGCGAUGGAGGUGUUUUGGGCCGCAGUGCGUUUGGAUCCAGACUGGCAGAGGGAAAGCUCAAUCUACCUGCUCCUGCUGUCCUACCGGGCACCACAACGCCCAGUCCUUUUUUUUUCCUGGGGGAUGAGGCAUUUCCCUUACAGGAGAACCUGAUGCGACCCUAUCCAGGCACGAACCUGCAGGAUAGGAAGCGAAUUUACAAUUACCGACAGGCCAGGGCGAGACGCGUGGUGGAGAAUGCCUUCGGUAUAUUGGCUGCGCGCUUCCGAAUUAUCAGCCGCCCGAUUGACUGCAAACCUGAAAAAGCGGUGAAGCUCGUGAAGGCGUGCGUGGCUCUCCACAACUUUCUGGCAUCCACUGAACGUGCCAGAUACAUGCCCGCCACCUUUGUGGAUGCGACGUCUGACACCGGAGAGGUCCAGCCUGGAGAGUGGAGGCAGCACGUUGUGGGGGACCAGAACAUGGUCGACGGACCACGGUGUUCGGUCGGCAGCAGCAGACCCUCCCGGAAAGCGGCACUUGUCAGGGAGCAGCUGGCUGAUUACUUUUUAUCAGAUGCUGGCGUGUUUCCCCACCAGUACAGUGUGCUACGAUUGGGUACCACUGACCAAUAA